ACGUCACUGCCAUUCUAUCCAAUAAUAUCACAGAUGUCAUAGUUUGAAUCGACUUCAAGCGGUUGGUUUAUGGACAGUAAAAUAGAAGAGAUAAUUUAAUUCAUGAUGGCUGCAAGAAGAGGUUUCCAAGCCAAUGGUGAUAACACGUCUGUGGUGAGACCAGCCGAGAGAGUGCCACUGAGAAAUCUACAGAACGAGUUACUGGGUCAGCAACUGGCCUUGUCUGCAACUAAGGUGUUCAGUAAAUCUCCUUUCAAAAAAAAGGGUGAAACGGUCCAGGGGGAGGGGCUGCCGCACUGUUCACCUCUCUGCAGGGCGUCCAACGGCAUAGCUCCCCUCAUCGAAACGGCGCUCACCAAGGAGAACACUGCGGCCAAUACAGCUAAGCGAGAUGAGUCUGUUGCUCAGAAGGGCUGUCCUGAUUCGCUCUUGGCUGAUUUGAUUGACAAGGGGGUUGAGCCCCAGACCAGGACCAGCUUUAGCUCAGUGCUGAUACAAUCGGACAUGACCGGUACAGCGCUAACAGGAAAUGCAGAGGACGUUUCUGGUAUGGGGCUAACAGGACGUGCAGAGGAAUGGGCAAACAGUGUCAGCGCACCGGACCAACAGGCUUCGGUGGGUUGUUUGAGUGACAGCUUGACCAGCUGCCAAACUCAAACCGCCACUGGGGACUCUGCUGUUGAGCCCUGCACUGAUGGCAGAGCUGGGGAGGUAACGUUCAGAUCCCUGCACUGUUCUGGGGUUGAGUUGGAGAUCGCUGACACCUCUUCCCUUCCAGAAGAGUCUGUUGUGCUUUUGCCUGAACGUUCCGCAGACUUGUCCAGCUGCUGUUCAUUUCAGAAAAACUGCAGUGGUCAUCUGGACUUCUCCCAGCAUGUGGGCCUGAAUCCCAGUAACAAGUGUGAAGACCAUGCUUACUGCCUCCAGAAACGAGGUGGCUCCUGUUUCAGAGAUGCUCUUCUUCCGGAAGAGUGUUCAGAGAAGAGUGUUACUGCUGACCAAUCGCAGGACAGCGCAGAGAAGGGCGUUACUGUUGACCAAUCACAGGACAAGACGGAGAACAAUGUCAUUGCUGACCAAUCUCAGGACUCUGUGACUGCUGACCAAAUGCAGAAUAAGGUAGAGCAGAGUCUUUCUGCUGACCAAUCACAGGACAAGACAGAAAACUGUGUCCCUGCCCAAGCACAGGACACUACAGAGAAGAGUCUUGUAGCUGACCAAUCACAGGGUAUUGCAGAGAAGGGUCUUGCUGUUGACCAGUCACAGAGCACAGCAGUUCAGGGUCUUGUUGCUGAGUGCAGAGAGCAUGAUGCAGUUUUGCAGACGGGGGGCUCUGAUGUCACCCCUGGGCACACUCAGGAGAGAUACUCUGAAACCCCUUCCUGUGUGGAGACGGGAAGCCCAGCACUAGCCAAGACGUCCCGUCUGUGGCAGGAGGCCCCCGGGUGCCCCUGGAACACGGUAGACAGCCCUGUGGGGCCCCGAGGGAGCAGGCUGUGGAUGGGCAUCCUAGAGAGCCCCAUGCCCCUACCACAACUCAACUCCACCCUGAUUCAGCCCAUACCGAUCCCUACCACUGCCACAUCCCAAACCAGGGAGCCUGAUUCAGGGGUACUACCUACUCCUGCUAAGGGGGGUACUGGCCCGGAACUGGCCCCCCUGCAGACUAAGACCAGCUUUAGCUCAGUGCUGAUACAAUCGGACAUUACCGGUACAGCGCUAACAGGAAAUGCAGAGGACGUUUCUGGUAUGGGGCUAACAGGACGUGCAGAGGAAUGGGCAAACAGUGUCAGCGCACCGGACCAACAGGCUUCGGUGGGUUGUUUGAGUGACAGCUUGACCAGCUGCCAAACUCAAACCGCCACUGGGGACUCUGCUGUUGAGCCCUGCACUGAUGGCAGAGCUGGGGAGGUAACGUUCAGAUCCCUGCACUGUUCUGGGGUUGAGUUGGAGAUCGCCGACACCUCUUCCCUUCCAGAAGAGUCUGUUGUGCUUUUGCCUGAACGUUCCGCAGACUUGUCCAGCUGCUGUUCAUUUCAGAAAAACUGCAGUGGUCAUCUGGACUUCUCCCAGCAUGUGGGCCUGAAUCCCAGUAACAAAUCUGAAGACCAUGCUUACUGCCUCCAGAAACGAGGUGGCUCCUGUUUCAGAGAUGCUCUUCUUCCGGAAGAGUGUUCAGAGAAGAGUGUUACUGCUGACCAAUCACAGGACAAGACGGAGAACAUUGUCACUGCUGACCAAUCUCGGGCCACUGUUACUGCUGACCAAAUGCAGAAUAAGGUAGAGCAGAGUCUUUCUGCUGACCAAUCACAGGACAAGACAGAAAACUGUGUCCCUGCCCAAGCACAGGACACUACAGAGAAGAGUCUUGUAGCUGACCAAUCACAGGGUAUUGCAGAGAAGGGUCUUGCUGUUGACCUGUCACAGAGCACAGCAGUUCAGGGUCUUGUUGCUGAGUGCAGAGAGCAUGAUGCAGUUUUGCAGACGGGGGGCUCUGAUGUCACCCCUGGGCACGGUCAGGAGAGAUACUCUGAAACCCCUUCCUGUGUGGAGACGGGAAGCCCAGCACUGGCCAAGACAUCCCGUCUGCGGCAGGGGGGCCCCAGGUGCCCCUGGGACACGGUAGACAGCCCUGUGGGGCCCCGAGGGAGCAGGCUGUGCAUGGGCAUCCUAGAGAGCCCCAUGCCCCAACCACAACUCAACUCCACCCUGAUUCAGCCCAUACCGACCCCUACCACUGCCACAUCCCAGACCAGGGAGCCUGAUUCAGGGGUACUACCUACUCCUGCUCAGGGGGAUAUUGGCCCGGAACUGGCACCCCUGCAGACCCCUGGGGACCUAACAGACACCGAAACAGGGCCUCCCCAGGAGAACCUUGCGCCACAGACACCUGGACGCCUGACUGAAACCCAAACAGGGCCCCUGGGGCCACAAGCACCUGGACACCAGGCAUGUACUAAGUCAGAGCCCCUACAGAUGUUGGGGGCCCUUUGGACCCCUGGAGACUUGGCAGGCCCUCAGUCCGGCCCCCUGCAGGAACGGCUGCUCCAGAUGGGGGCCCUGCUCCUUCGAGCCUCCCAGAACAUGGCCCCUGCAGUGGAGCAGCACAGCGCCUCCACAUGGACCAGCCCGGUAGCACUGGUGGAGCGCUCUGUUAACACCUCCGGCCUGUUCGAGCGCAGGAGGGAGGUCUCUGUGGCCGAGGCCAGCACCAGCACUGACUCCCUGCACUGGAUUGUGGCUCCUGAGGCAGUGGCGGGAUGGUCUCGGAGGGAUCUGGAACAGCGGUUCUUCUCCUCCAUCACUAUGGUGGAGGCUCUGUCCCAGCAGCUGGCCUCCGCCCAAACGCACACACACCACACACCCCCAAUCUCCGAGCUCAGGGACCGGGUGGUGCAGACUGACCUUACAGAGCUCAGCCAGGGUGUGAUGUACAGGGAGCUGUGUGUGAGAGCUCUGGAGAGGCUCAGGACCCUGGAACUCCAACAGGAGCAGCAGGAGCGCCUCCUGCAGGAGCUGAGGAGCAGCAGCACAGCCAUGGCUGCUAUGGCUGCAGAAACGGAGCGAGCUCUUUCCAGUGUAAACGAAAUGGGUCAAAUGGCCAGUGAGGACCAGGACAGCAUCUCCCAACAGAUGUGCCGGAUGAGGGCCCUGUACGGAAGGUUCCGGCAGGCUCAUAGGAGGAUGGAGGAGAGGGUGGAGCGAUGCGAACAGGAGAAACUCCUCACGGAGCAGCAGAGGGAGGAGGCGCUCAGGACCAAGGAGGCGUCCCUGCUGGUGCUGGAGCAGCUGCAGUGUCGUCAUGCCGCCCAGGUAGCCGAGCUGGAGAGGAGUGUGGGCUCUCACCUGGAGCUCAUCCCCGCGCUCUCUACCGCCUGCCAGGAACAGGUUUCUUUAAAUGAAGAGUAUGUUGAGUCUCUUCAGGCUGCGGAUGAACUCUUGAAGGGCACGAUAAGUGACCAGUCCAGGCUGAGUGAAGAGCUGAGUAAAGCCCGGUUCCUGCUCCGACGGACCGGCCCGGUUCUGCUGAAGCUGCACCAGGAAGCUGCCGCCGCCCUGCAGGCCCAGAACCAGCAGCAACGGGACACAGAAGAGAUUCAAGAUGAGCUGGAACUCACAGCUUCUCGCCUGUACGACGCCCAGCAGCAGAUAGGGGACCUUAACCUACAGGUCACCAUCCUCACCUCAGAGAUGGCGGUGCUGAGGCAGCGGAUGGGUGAGGUAGAGGAGGAGCGCGCUCAGGUGGAGAUGAAGAGCACAGAGCUCUCGGCCACACUGAGCUCCACACAGGCGUCCUGCAGCUUCCUACAGCAAGCGCUCAACGCCCAAACAAAGAGGAUGGAGGAGGUGCAGGAGGAGUCAUCCCAGCGUGUGGAGGAGCUGGAGAGAGCCCUGGCUGGAGGGGACGUCCAGCUGGCCCAAGCGCAGGCAGGUCUGCUGGAGCUCCAGACACAGCUCGCCAGCACCUGCGAAAUCAACGAGUUCCUGCAGAUGGAGAGCGAGGUGUCGCUGGAGCAGGUUGCCCAGAGCGAGGCCCUGGUGAAGUCUCACCUGCAGGGACUGAGGGAGAGGAACCUGGAGUGUGAGGACCUGAAGCAGGAGCUGUGUGCACUCCGGCUGCAGCGGGACGCUGUGCAGGAGGAGGUGCUCUCCACGCGGGAGAAAACGCGGAACCUGCUGCUGGACAUGGGGAACCAGCUGGCCCUGGCCUCCACUGACAUCACCCUGCUGCACCACAAAGUGUACAUGCUGACCUGUGCCCUCAAGACCACCCUCAACACUACCCUCAGCACACAGAAGCCUGAUCGCUCCUGUAAAGAGAGGGAGCCCCCCUCGCUCUCCGCCCCCCCUCGCCGAUCCACCCGCUCGUUUGUGGACUCCGUCAUGGUGGCCACCACUGAAGAGGCCGAUGAGACGGAUGAAUGUCCUUCGGCAGCACUGGGCAGUGGAAACAGCGCUUUCACUCGUGUCACCACCGCUAUCCCGCGGUACGUCUCCCGCUAA